AUGCCCUGGGCCUUGUGGAGAAUCGUCACUAGGAGGACAGCCCCGCGCUGCGUCUUCAUCGACCUGGGCGCCGGCUCGGGCUUGGACCUGCAGGCUUGGGCCGAGAACAAGUUCGGCCCAGUGGCCAACUGCCCCAAUGGCGAUUGGGAGGCUAUCCUCGUCGAGGCCAACCCAAUCUUCGCAGAGACGCUGAACGGAGUCGCGCAGAAGUUCGCCGGCAAGGUGCAGGUGAACGCUUCUCGAGCUGCUUACAUGUGCGAGGCAAAGACCGCCUUCUACAUCAACACCAACGAGCAGCAGCUGAAGAAGGCUUCUUCCGUCUCUGCCGGUUUCCAGGAGGCUUCGGUGCUGGGCACCCAGCUCUCGAAAGUCGAGGUCGAUACGAUGAACGUGAAUCGCCUCCUGACGGAGCAUACGAUUCCAGGCGACUGGGUCAUGAUGAAGAUGGACGUGGAAGGUGCCGAGUUCGACAUCAUCCCUUGCAUGGCCGAGUCACCUGCUGGCAGCUUGGUGGAUAGGCUCUACGUCGAGCAGCAUGACCCAGGCUGGGGACUGGAGGGCGCCACGCCAGCAGCCAUGCAGACGGCGCUGACGGGCCUCAGGACACGCGGUGUCGACAUUCCGGCCUUCUCGCCGGUGUGA